GGGCAGGGUCCCCCGAUGCCUAUCGGGAGUUGUAGUUCUCUGGGUCGCAGGACUCCGGCGUUGCCCACGCCGUCCUCCCGGGCCGCACUUUCCUUUGUCGACGUGGCGAGGGGCGCCGGGUGGCCCUCCCGGCUCCCAUCCGCCACGCCCUUUGGGGCCGUCAGGAGCGCUCAUUGGUCUGAGGGCGGGGCCUCUGAGCUGCAGGAGGCGGGGCCAGCUGGGAGAGCCGCCAAAUUGGGCAUCUUUUUGGAGAACGCAGCGUGGAGCACGCAGAGUGAAGUGAAGCAGCCUAACUGGGAACUGACGAUGUGGCGACCGUCACUUCUACUGCUGCUGUUGCUGCUCAGGCGCGGAGCCCACGGGAAGCCGUCCCCUGAAGCCGGCCCUCAUGGCCAGGGGAGGGUGCACCAGGCGGCCCCCCUGAGCGAGGCCCCUCAUGAUGACGCUCAUGGGAACUUCCAAUAUGACCAUGAGGCUUUUCUAGGACGAGACGUGGCCAAGGAAUUCGACCAACUCAGCCCAGAGGAAAGCCAAGCCCGUCUGGGGCGCAUUGUGGACCGCAUGGACCGCGCCGGGGACGGGGACGGCUGGGUAUCGCUGGCCGAGCUCCGCGCGUGGAUCGCACACACGCAGCAGCGGCACAUACGGGACUCAGUGAGCUCGGCCUGGAACACGUACGACACAGACCGAGACGGGCGUGUUGGUUGGGAGGAGCUGCGCAAUGCCACCUACGGCCACUAUGAGCCUGGUGAAGAAUUUCACGACGUAGAGGAUGCCGAGACCUACAAGAAGAUGCUGGCUCGGGACGAGCGGCGUUUCCGGGUGGCUGACCAGGAUGGGGACUCCAUGGCCACUCGGGAGGAGCUGACGGCCUUCUUGCACCCGGAGGAGUUCCCGCACAUGAGGGACAUCGUGAUCGCCGAGACCCUGGAGGAUCUGGACAAGAACAAAGACGGCUAUGUACAGGUGGAGGAGUACAUCGCGGAUCUGUACUCCUCGGAGCCUGGGGAGGAGGAGCCGGCGUGGGUGCAGACGGAGCGGGAGCAGUUCCGGGACUUCCGGGAUCUGAACAAGGACGGGAAGCUGGACGGCAGUGAGGUCGGCCACUGGGUGCUGCCUCCCGCCCAGGACCAGCCGCUGGUGGAAGCCAACCACUUGCUGCACGAGAGCGACACGGACAAGGAUGGGCGUCUGAGCAAGGCCGAGAUCCUGGGCAACUGGAACAUGUUUGUGGGCAGCCAGGCCACCAACUACGGUGAGGACCUGACACGUCACCACGAUGAGCUCUGAGCCCCAGGGCACCUGCUGCAGCCGCCUUGUCCCGUGGGCUGAGCCAGGGAGGGACCCCCAAGGCCAGGCCCUUUCCCGUGGAUGGAGACCCAGCCCGCAGCGUCUCCCUGCCCCUGGGCUCUGGCGGACCCACCGAGUCAGCCUCUCUCCCUGAGACACCACAGCCCCUCACAACUCCCCCAGGGGUCACCCACUUCUCACUGGCAGAGUCUCCCAGCCCAGACCAAGGACCCCAUGCCAAGCUCUGCCUCCAAGAAUCUCCACGAAGCCCCAGCUUGAAAUCUGAGCCUCACCCCAUGCAGACGAGAAGCACUUGGCUGGGGGCCCUGAACUGGCCUUGUCCCCAGCCCUUGCACAAAGGACACCUCCUCCGCCAGGGAGGCAAUAAAAUCCGGUGCUGGGGCCUCA